AUGUCGCUGUCGCCGAACACCUCGCUGCCCUACUCGACGGACAAGGGCGGCUACAGCACGCACGACACGCUUGUGCUCGUCGGCAUCGGCUUCUGCGCGACCACCGUCUCCGCCCUCAUCAUCGUGCUCUGCGAGUGCCUAUGCUGCCGCCGCCGCCGCAGCGGCGGCGGCGCGGGCGGAACCGUCGUGUACGUGGCGGCCCGGCCGUUCUUCCUGCACGGCGGCGACGGUGGGCUGAGCCCCUCCGCGGUGUCCACGCUGCCGUCGUUCGUGUUCCAACGGGGCCUGUCGGUUGGCGGCGGCGGCGGCUCCGGCCGCGGCGAGGGCAGCGGCAGCGGGCGCGGGUGGGCGCAGUGUGCGGUGUGCCUGAGCCUUGUGCAGGAAGGUGAGGUGGUCAGGCGGCUGCCGGCGUGCAUGCACCUAUUCCACGUCUGCUGCAUCGACAUGUGGCUGCACUCUCACUCCACAUGUCCUCUCUGUAGGGCCACGGUUUUGCCCGUAAAAGAGAUUACUACACAAGACCAACAGCCUCCGGUGUAA